GGCCGGCGCUGCUCCAGCUGGAGCCCUGGCAAGGGCGGGACCCACCUACAGCCCGCAGGAGUGAGGACCUCUCUCCACACUUACUCCGGAGUGAGGAGUCUCUCCAGGACUAAGCACUGUCCCUCUGGCGGUGGCCAGACCGCCUGGACUUCUCCAGAGGAAGGGUGGAUGCCGGGCAGGCCGGCUGUCUGAGGCUCACUCCCGCCACCUAGAGGCCACUGCUCAAAGUGGUGUCGUCCUACCUGGACCUCAGACUCCCCUCACCUUGCCUGGGGCUGCACCCCUCCCGCUGCACUGGUGGUGGCCCCCAGUUCCCCAUCUUGGAAGCCAUCUGACUCCUACCUGUCCCAUUCACCUCCUCCUCCACAUGGCCUGCCCUGUCCUGGGCCAGGUUCCCCACAAACUGAACCCUCUGCUGGGCUUCCUGGCCAUCCUCCUCGUGGGCCAUGGAGGCUUGGUCUCCAUGGCCUGCAGUGUCACUGGGCCUCAACUGAGAUGCACAGAGACAGACCAGGCUCCUAGAGCUGUCUCUGUGGCGGAGCCCUGGACCCCCAGAGGUAGGGACCACCUGGCUCCCCACGGAGGGGGAGCGAAGGCCAGGGUGGCCGGGCAGGGGAAUGACGCCCCGUCCUCACAUCCUGGCUUCCGUGCACAGACUGACACUCACGGGCUGCGAAGACACCAGCUGCGCUGAGACCGUUGUUGAAGCACUUUCUGAGACGUGCGACACGGGUGCCAGUGCCCCGUCCUCACUGCAGCUCCCUCAGCUGCGGCCCCUCUUUGCUGUGGGCACCUGGCCCCGCCCUGGGACACGGUUCACUGCUCCACCCCUAACCCAGGAAACACUGCCUCUGCCAGAGCAGCCACCUCCUCUGCCUCCAGACCUGCCGUCUGUGUCUCCUGUGCCUCUGCCUCCCUACCUCCUGCCCUCCCAGCAGCUGGGUAGGGUCACAGGGCUUCCAGACCACUGCCCACCUCCCAGUCCAGGGACCCUGUUGUACCUUGGGGUGCAGCCCUCCGAGUCUCCGCCCCCCUCUAGGGGCCCACUGCUCAGCAUGCACCCCAGCCAGCUGGUGGCCUAUGCCUCUGCCACCUGCAGACAGAGGACAAAGACCCCAGGGCCCCAUCCCUGGGGUUCAAAAAGCAGGGUCUUCAUUCUUAACCAGCUCUUUAGUCAUGCUUGAGAGUCCAUGCACUGACGUCUUCGUGGCUGGAAACAUCCAGCACGGCCAGACCCUUAGCAGCACCCCUUACGCAAAGCCCCUUACACGGGAUGGCGGGAGGCCUCCACUGGCCAGGGGCCAUCGCCCAGGGAGAGUCUUCAGGCUAGUUCCCUGGGGGAUCUGCCUGCCCACUCCCCUCCCAGGCACUUUGCACUCGUCCAUCCCCAUCCUGUGCAGACAGCGGAUGGAAACUGGCCUUGGGGCUGGCUCCGUGGCAGCAACCUGCUCCAGGGGGCCGUGCUGAUGGCUCAGACACUACCCCAUGGGAGCCCAGGCCACAGUUGGGUGUCUGGGACAAACACUUCUUGGCGGCAAGGUGAGGCCCUGAGAGGCUUGUCAUUGGACUCUACUAGACAGAGGGCUGCUCCCUGCUGGCUGUGUGGGUUGACCUCCCUCCCCUGGGCUCCGAGCUCUGUUGGGUCCCAGUUGUGGCACUUGGAGGGGGUACCAGCCCGAGGUAGCAUUUCUCUGAGCAGUCCUCCGGUCCAGCUUUGAAGUCCUUGCAGCCUAAUCUCCUGGACUCCAUUCUCUAGGGUUCCUGCUGGUUUGUUACGGGACCCUGGCCAGCAACUUGUUCUGGCCAUCUGUCAUCAGUCGAGAGGGAUUGAAAGGUGUGUGGCUCCAGCUUCCCCAGGGUCCCUGGUGUUGGACCCCCAGAUGUUCCACCCCCUCCAGCAAACCACCCAGCAUCUGCAUCACUGGAGAAGUGGCAGACAUCGAUGAUGCUGACCUCCUCCUGCCAGGCCACCCCUUCAAUUUAGUGCAGUCUGACCCCUCCCUCCCGCUGCGAGGGCAUUGACCAUGUAACUGCCUGUGCUCUGUCCUCUACCCUGUCCUCAGUGCAUCGUCCUGACAGGAGCCGCUGGGGACAUCCCAUUGCACAGACAGGGAGACUGAGGCACAGAAUGGCCAGUGACUUAUUUGAAGUGGCAGCCCAGGAUGCGCAUCCGAUGGGCUGACUGCCGCAGCAGGGUCCCUUGGCGCCCAGCGGACCCAACUCCAGCCUCCCCAUCUCCGCAACUGGCUACUGCUCCCUCCCAGCUCCAGGCUCCCCGCAGGCUGCCUGGAGGCCAGGAUCUGGGGCACAGCGCGCAGGGCGUGUCCACGCCCGCACGACUUGGCUCUGGGGCGCGGGAGUCAGAGGCCGGUGCCCCGCGACGGCGCCGGGGCGGCGGGGAGAGGAGGAAGAGGAGUGCUCAAAAAAGGUUGAGAGGGGAAAGACUCUAAGGUGCAUAGUGGGCCCUGCCUCCCUUCCCCCGCUGCUCCAGAGCGGAAGAUCCACGGCGAGGUCCUGGGGUCCACGCUGCAGCGGGAACUCACGUCCUAGCCUCAAGCGCCAACGCAAGUCCAAAGCUAACGGGACCGCGCCGGGGCUUGUGGGACUGUUAGUCCUCCUUUCCCGCAGGUCUUCGGCGACAUCCCGAGCGAAGACUACAAUUCCCAAGAAGUUGUGCGCGACCGCAUGGAUCAUGGGAGUUGUGGUCCAGAACGGGAGAGCGCGCGCGAGGCGGAUAGGCGCCGGAACUACGUGUCCCAGGGUGCAGCGCGGCGGGCGCGGGGGCCGGGGGUUUGAACGAAGGGUCUCCCUCGCCCGCAAGACUGCGUCGGCUGCGGCGGGUGCGGGAGGCGGCGACGGCGGAGACUGGCGUCGGUGGCGGCAGGUUGAGGCUGGCGCGGUGGGCGCUGGGGGCGCUGCCCCUGAGGCAAUGAUGGGCAAGGAGGAGGAGAUUGCGCGCAUCGCCCGGAGGCUGGACAAGAUGGUGACCAAGAAGAGCGCGGAGGGAGCCAUGGACCUGCUGCGGGAGCUGAAAGCCAUGCCGGUCACUCUGCACCUGCUCCAGUCCACCCGGGUCGGCAUGUCUGUCAACGCCCUGCGGAAGCAGAGCUCCGAUGAGGAGGUCAUCGCGCUCGCCAAGUCACUCAUCAAGUCCUGGAAGAAGCUGCUGGAUGCUUCGGAUGCCAAAGCCAGGGAGCGGAGGAGGGGCGGGCCUCUGCCCACGUCCUCGAAGGAGGGCUCUGAGGCCAAGGAUACCAGCCGCAAGAGGCCAGAGCUGCCCCGGAUGCUGUCAGCCCCGAGGAUGACCACGUUUCCCCCGGUGCCGGUCACCUGUGACGCUGUGAGGAACAAGUGUCGGGAGAUGCUCACAGCCGCCUUGCAGACGGACAGUGACCACAUGGCCACCAGUGCGGACUGCGAGCGCCUGUCGGCCCAGAUUGAGGAGUGCAUCUUCCGGGACGUGGGGAACACGGACAUGAAGUACAAGAACCGAGUUCGGAGCCGCAUCUCCAACCUCAAGGAUGCCAAGAACCCGGACCUGCGGCGGAACGUGCUGUGCGGUUCCAUCACACCCCAGCAGAUCGCCGUGAUGACGUCCGAGGAGAUGGCCAGUGACGAGCUGAAGGAGAUCCGCAAGGCCAUGACCAAGGAGGCCAUCCGCGAGCACCAGAUGGCCCGCACAGGUGGCACUCAGACCGACCUGUUCACCUGUGGCAAGUGCAGGAAGAAGAGCUGCACCUACACGCAGGUGCAGACCCGCAGCUCCGACGAGCCCAUGACCACGUUCGUCGUCUGCAACGAGUGUGGGAACCGCUGGAAGUUCUGCUGAGCCUCACGAAGGUGCGCCGGCAGCAGCCCUCCACCCUCCCAGCCUCCUGCCACCACGGCUCCUCUGAGACCUGCUUCGUGCCCUCACCUGCAGCACACCUUUCUCCCUCUCCCCAAAUUAUUAAAUGUUUCUUUUUGCCA